CCAGACUGUAUAAAAUGCUAUGGAAAGCAGUCUCCUUCCAUUUUAAAACCUGUGUAGGUUCUCAUUGCCUUGGAUUUCUCCAGUCUGAUUGAGGAGUACCUGCACAAUGACCGCGGCGCCAAUCCCGACGCGCAAACUGAGCGCCGCCCUUCUCCUGCUCGCGGUUCUGGUCGCCGCUGGUGACGUCACGGGGAGAGACGGCUGUCUGUCCGGGCACCCCGGUAUUCCCGGAAACCCCGGGCAUAACGGGGCGCCCGGAAGAGAUGGGCGCGAUGGCGGCAAAGGAGACAAGGGGGAUCCGGGUGAGCUGGGCACCUGCGGCUCCUCAGGACGGGACGGCCCGAAGGGAGACAAGGGGGAGCCAGGCGCUGCCGCGGCCGCAGGAGUGAAGGGCCGGCGAGGGGAGCCGGGGGACAGGGGCUUUCCGGGGAAGCUGGGCCCCCAAGGGGUCCAGGGCCUCGCCGGAGACAAGGGGCAGAAAGGAGAGCUGGGGCUGCCGGGCCCACAGGGGGUGAAGGGCGACGUGGGGCCCCAGGGCCCCGAGGGGCAGCAGGGGGUGACGGGGCCUCAGGGGGAAACCGGCUUCCGCGGCCCCCUGGGCCACACGGGGCGCCCCGGCCCCAAGGGGGAGGAGGGCCCGGCGGGCCCGAAGGGCAGCGUGGGGUACCCCGGCCAGAAGGGGGAGAAGGGGGACGCGGGGGAGAAGGGGGACACCGGCGCCACCCCGGAGCCCCAGAAGAGCGCCUUCUCCGUGGGCCUGACGGAGGCCACCAAGCUGCCCCCCGCCAACGCGCCCAUCCGCUUCGACAAGGUCCUCUACAACCAGCAGGGCGACUACGACCCCGCCACGGGCCGGUUCACCUGCAGGGUGGCGGGCGCCUACUACUUCGCCUACCACAUCACCGUGUACUCCCGCAACGUGAAGGUGGCGCUGGUGCGGAACGGCGCGCGGGUCCUCCACACGGCGGACAAGUACCAGAGCAGCGAGGACCAGGCGGCGGGGGGCGCGGUGCUCGCCCUGGACGCGGGAGACAGGGUGUGGCUGCAGGUGGUGGGGGGCGAGUACUUCAACGGGCUCUUCGCCGACGACGACGACGACACCACCUUCAGCGGCUUUCUGCUGUUCGCCGGCUGAGGGACGGCGUGGCGCGGCUCCUCGUGUUGUGUUGUGUUGUGUUGCGUUUUUUGUGUGUUUCUUUAAACGUCGUUCCGUCUGAUGAGAUAACGCCGACCGCCGAGAGGACAGGAGAGACCCGAGCCGAAGAGUGUGCUAACGAGUCCAGUCGUUUCUGCUUCAGCGCUCCUGUGCAGCCCGGAUAAACAACAACAAAUAAAAAACUUUUACGAUAAAGACUUUUGUCAGAAAACUAGCAUGACUUUGUUUAUUGAAACUGACUAAAUGUAUGUCCCGAACAGUUCGCAUGUAAACGGUUCACCGCAGAGAAUGAGAUUCGAAAUACAAGCGUUUGUCUUUGCUGCAGUUCGCUGUUCUGACCACUAAAAAAAUACCUUCAACUUUGUUUUAUAACUUUAAGCUUAAUAACGGCAAAGGCCAACACAAGUGCAACACGCAUAUCUAUAUAUGUUUCAAAUGGCUUAUUUUCUAAAACACUUUGUUGUGUUUUUACCUUUCUCCCCAUCAGCCAACACACCUCUCGCCCUGUUGCAUUUGUUCGUUAAUAAAUGAAGAAGAAAAAAACAGAUCCCGACUGUUCUAUUGGACGAAU